CAGGCAUGUGUAUAAAAUCACUUCAUAUCAUCGUCAGUCAGUCAGUCCGUCAGUCAGCGAGUCUCACCGACAGCCGCAAAGAGUCAGCGCGUCACAGUCACCUGGACAUCAGAGAGAGAGAGAGCGCGCGCGCCGGUGUAGCUGUCAAUCACUGAGUUUAUUUCAUUUCUCAGGACACAUAUUUUUGUGGAUACUUUGUCCAUAUGUGAAGCUCCAGACAGACGCACGGUGAUGAAAAGUUUGGGAAGAAGCUUUUGGAACAGUUGACUAAGUCAUCAUAGCGGGAAAAAGGAGUUUUAAUACAAUUAAUUUGAAUAUAUUUUCAUAAUCCGAGAAAGAAUUACUGAUCAGAACGGAAGUAGACGAUUCGAUCCAGUAAAAUGCAUCGCUGGAAAGUCCGUCAAGUUCUCUUGAUGCUGCUAUUGGCUGCUGCGGUGGGGUGUGGCCAGGUGCUGGACCGCACGCUCAGUCUGUCCAAUGAGAGGAGCUCGAUAGAAAGAACAUACGAGCUGACCAAAUACCUGGACCACCAGCUGAAAGAAAUCAGAGACACUUACUUAUCUUAUCUCGGGCCACCUUUCAGCGAUCCUGGCUUUUCCCCUCCGCGUCCGAACAGCUCCGCUUUAUCCGUGCCCAGUGCGGCCACACGGGUGGACUUGUGGCGUGGACUGGAAAACGGUGCCCGUCUGGCCCAGAAUCAGCGUGCGUACAGCGUCCUCCUUUGUGCCGUGAAGGAGCUGGCGCGCUCCACCCUGUGCCCCUACCUCCAGAGUUCCCUCCUUCACUUCUGCUCCGGCCUCAGCGGGUUACUCGGCUCAAUAUCUGGUUUGAUGAACGCCCUGGGCUACACCUCACCUCCCUCAGGAUAUGCCACGCCCGCUCAAGGAUACGCCCUGCCCAUGUCACCAUUUCAGGGAGUGAUUGAGAACAGCCCCGCCCCCCUGCGGAGUUACCUGCCUCGAAACCAAGGUGUUCAGGCUACUUCGCGGGCACGGGAUGGAGGGAGCCGGGCGGAUGUGAAGCGGGAGAGAGAGAGAGAGAGAGCGGAAAGGGGCCGGAGAGGGAGGAGAAAAGAAAGUUGGGCUGCGAAGGAGGAGGGGGGUAGGGAAGAAGGAAUGGAGAGAUGGGGGAAGAGGAGACGACUGCUAAGUUUUGAUGAAGAGAAAACAACAAAAUUGAACUAUAAUAAAAACGUCCACAUCAACAUCCAGAACUACACAAGUUUAAAGUUUGGAAUUGGAGCAAAGAGUCGAAAGGAGCCUUUACUCUUUUCCUCGCCGUCUCUUCACCCGCAUCGUUCUACACGUUCUAUACAGUCAUCCCAUUCGGGUCUAUCUCCUCUAUCCCUCCUCUAUCAGUACGGAGGACCGGCUGAGGUUCAUACUUUAUUGGCCGGCCCGAUUCUCUCGUCCCAUCCCGCUCCGAAUGAUUUCUCACGGAAGGUGGAGGGAUUCUGGGUACUGAGAGAGCUACAGAGCUGGCUGUGGAGGUCCGCCAAAGACUUCACCAGACUGAAGAAACGACUGCGCGUUUGAGAAUAAAUGACGGCUCUGUUUCGAAACGUAGUGAGUUGCCUUGCUGUCUAUUGCCUUAAAGGGAUAGUUCAGCCAAAAUUCUGUCAUUAUUUACUCACAUUCUUUUCAUUUCAAACCUGUAUGACUUUCUGUAGAACACAAAAGAAGAUAUUUUGAAAAAUGUCUGUAACUGAACAACGACGGUACCCAUUCAAUUCUAUUGUAUGGACACAAAACCAAUGCAAGUGAAUGGGUACCGCUGUUAAAAAAUAUUCUCCACAAGAAAGUCCUACAGGUUUGAAAUGACAAGAGGGUGAAUAAAUGAUGACUGAAUUUUCAUUUUUGGGUGAACUAUCCCUUUAAGGGAGCUUCCUAACUGAGAUAAAACCUUUCUCACUGGAGAAUCGACUUAAAACUGAUUCACAAGCAGUUAACAAUGAGAUGAUGAUGUAAUAAACAAACAAAUACACCGCACACAAAUACUGGCUCAGAAAACAGAGAAAAUGUUGCGACAUUCACAAUCAGCAUCUCUUUUACUUUGUCCACCAUCCUGUAUCUUUUUCACGAAGGACUGCUUUCUCCUUGAAGAAUACAGCUGAUCGUGCUUUUGAUUUUGACCGAAAUAUGUAUCUUUGGAGACAGCAUUACAUCUUAAAAGGCAGCCUAUGGAGGCAGCUCACUAGCUUUGGAACAGAGCUAAGUUAUGUGCAAAACAGAUUGCUUCAUGCUUUAUGGAUGGAGAUCUAAGAACGUUUGAUGGUCACGCUUUGCACUAAAUCACCAAACAGAAAAGACGGCCGGGAGACGAGAAGUAUAUCAGAGACAAAGGGAAAAGAGCACCCAUUGAGACCCAGACGUGAUUCAGCAGAAGGAAAGUGAAUCAUGGCUGGAAUCGGGCAGUAGUGAAAGGGUGAACGGGGAAGUGUAAGAAGUGUGGCGUAACCAGAAGAGACAAUGGAGAGUUUUUGCUGCCUCAGUAACUGACUUUGGCAUUGACUCGUCUUUUUCCACCCGAACACAAACAGACACACACCUACGCAUUCAGAAAUAGAUGCGGGAAUCUGAUGUUGGGACUGUGUGUGGAUAAACUGAGUAGGAAACAGAAGUAUCAUUAUGUUUCAUUUUUUUGGACGUGGAUUUUGCAUCGGUAUAAAAUAUUGUAAUUAUUAAAGGGAUAGUUCAGGCAAAAAUAAAAAGUGUCAUCAUUUAUACACCUUCAUGUCAUUCGAAACCUGUAUGUUACUUUCUCUCUUCUGUGGAACACAAAAGAAGAUAUUUUGAGAAAUGUCUUUGGUUUUGUGUCUGUCCAUGCAAUGGAAGUCAUUGGGGGCCAGUUUUGUUUGCUUACCAAUGUUCUUUAAAAAAUGGUGUUCUGCACGGAAAAGAAAGUCAUACAGGUUUGAAAUGAGCAAAUUAGGAAAGAAUUGCAUUUUUGGGUGAACUGUCCCUUUAAGAAUCCCGGUGACACACAUGAAUAUUGAGGAAGGGGUCAUAUGUGUGUGUUUGUGUACAUUGUACAGUGUUUUUCUCUCUCUGUGUGUGUGUGUGUCGUGUUUUCUGUAUGUUAUAUUUAUUUAAUAUUAUUUAUUUCUAUGGGGUAUGACAGAAUGUUGUGACUUUUUAGUUUUCCUGGUAUUACAAAAGAUCUUUACUGACUACAAUGCGUGUGAGUGUGUGUAUACUCUUACCCCUUGAGGAAAAACCAGAGGGACUGGAAGGAUAGUGAGAGUUUUUAUUCGUCUGUCUGAGCAAAAUUUAUGACCACUCUGUCCUUUCAUGUAAUCCCACAUCCUCUCAUCCCUCUAUCUGUCUCUCACGCCUCUCCGCUUCCCUAGUGCUCACCUAACAACACACACACAUAUACACGACGGUGGUUAACAUUCAUAGACACUUAUACGGGAUACAAACAAAUUUCACACAAACACUUCAGAACUAAACAUAGCAGUCCAAACAAACGCACACACAAAUGAUUUUGUAGGUGAACAAACAUUCAGGUGCGAUUCCUCUCCUCAGGCUAUGUUUGGCCUAAAAUUAAAGGAUCAAUGAGCAUCUGUCUUUCCCUUUGAGCAACACACCUGCACUAUAGUUAUCACCACCACACCCGUGCACGCACACAGGGGUGUGACACGCUCUUUAUGUGCAAUUAUCACAAAUUACGGGAAAAGAUGAGUUUGGAGAGGGGGCACGGGCGCGCAGACACACGUGGUUGAGACUCAGCGAAAUGCGUAAUGCAGAGUCCAGUCGACUUCGGCCCCUAAAUGGAUGACCACACAUCGCCAACAAAGAGCGCAUUGUGCGCCUGUGUGUGCGUGUCAUCGCGUGUGGCUCUUGAAUCACUGUAAGAAGGCGCGCGCGCGUGCGCGCGUGUGUGAAUCACAGCGGGUCUGUGUGCUGGUACUUCAGAAAGUUUGUUUAUCUGUGCGACUGUAAAGUAGUUUUAUUUGUUUUAGUUUAAAAGCAGAAUUUCCGAAUCCUCUCAUCUCGUGCCAUUGCGUCUUUUUGCCACAUGUGAAACAGAGCGCGUCUCUCCCCCUGCCAAUCACGCGUUAAAUCAUCCGUCUAUCAUCAGUUCAUCAGCACGUGCCUAUUUAGGGAGUCUUUAUCACUCCCUCCAUCUCCUUUCCAUCUUUUCUCCUUCUUCGUCGUUGUCUUUUUCCAUUUUUCCUUUCCCAUCUUCACCCGGGGCCCCUCCCAUCUCGUCUCGAGCCCUGAUCACCUGCAGCACAUAAAAAUUCCUUUUCUUUCUCUCCAGAGGAUUGCACCGCUGCCUAGGGAGUUACUGCAUUCCUCUCUCUCUCUCUCUCUCUCUCUCUCUCUCUCUCUGUUUCGGUCUGCCUCCGCGAUUCUGUCUAUUUUCUCCUUAUGUCGUGUUAUUGUUCGUUCUCGCCAAGCCCCGAUACCUCACGGCCUCCACCUGCCGCGCCCACACCCCCGCCGUGCAGUGCGAUGGCAGAGGGUAUGCACGUGUCGUCACUUCACGUGAGCACGCCGGAACGCGCCUGCUUGAGUGGUAAAACACUGGGUAAAAUGACUGGUUACAAUAUCAGGAAACGCAAUUCCGCGCAACAUUUUGUGUGUCUAAGAACACCUGAUUCCUUUGUAAGUCAUAAGGUAGUCGUAAGGAUCACCGUCGAGUCCAGCUGCUUGUAGUUUCAGCAAAUAAUUGCGUGUUUUAGUCCCGGUUUUUGUUCCUCCUAUUGAAUGCAGCCUUUUUGCCUUAGUUUUACCACUCAAGGGAGCGUGUCCCAGCGUGUUCACGUGGGAAAGUGACGUCAAUGCAUACUCAAUACACCGGUUCAUUGACCGCAGGGCUGGGCCGACUCUCUCAACCACUCCGUGCGGGGGAAACCUCGGGCACCGACUGACUGAUUUAUUGCCUAAUCAAUUGAUCCUCCCAGUCAGAUAGUCGGCAACCACAGCCGCCGUGCGUUCGUAUGUAUGUGAAUAUUGACUUGAGCCUCGAGGGAAAACAGACUUUAAUGUACCGUGGCGUGUUUAGUGUUAUUUAACAUGUUUAAAAAAAAUGUUUUUGGAAUCCGUACAGAGACGGUGAUGUGUGUGAGCACAGGUUUGGCUGUACUUGUGAGGGAAAAAGGUUUGAAAAAAGGUGAAACAUAUUAAAAACCGACGUGUGAUGACAGUUCAAGUGGUUCUCGCUACUUGAAAGACUCAUAAAUCAAAAUUAUAUUUUGCUGUAAAUCUAAUGCUGUCAGCAGGGUUCUCCGAAGGUUAGGUUUAGGGUUGGCUAUAUCAUUAUAAACUCAAGUCUUGGAGAGGUCCUCAUAAAUUUAGCUUCGUCUUUGUGUGUAAAUGAGGUGACUUCAUGACGUCGAAGUGAGGUGCCUUGCUGUCUACAAUCUACGGCAUCGUAACUGAAAUGACAUCUUAUAAGUGAUUGAUUUAAAACUUAAAAACUUUUAUUUAAAGGUAACACAUCACACAAAUAUAAAAAGCAAACAGUAAACUUGACUUAAAAUGUGAGUGUUACUAAACUGGCCAAUAAAUGAAUUGCCAGUAAUGGCCAAUAUAUAAAUAUAUAGCACACACAAAAAUUUGGUUUGUAAUUUUAUUAAGAAGUAACACCGUGUCCAUACCGGAUGCGAUGAGCAACAUUUAAAAAACAAAAACUAAAUAAUAUGGAACAGAUACAUCUGAUGUAGACACUGUGUACAUUUUAAAUGUAAUACUUUUAAUUAAAUAAUAAUUGAACACUCAAUAUUAUUGAAUUAUAUUGUAAAACAUAAUGAAUAUUCACUUUGCACCGAUAUAUCGGCCAAUAAUCGGUAUUGGGCGAUAAAAAAACAAUUUUUACACUAUCGGAUAUCGGCCGAUUGUUUUAAAAACAGCUGAUGUUUAUAAAAAACAGGAUGAUAAAACAGGUAUCCUGUCAAUGAAAAGAGGACAGGGAAAUACAGUGAAUUUGUGCUCUGUAUAGAAAAUGUUAAAGGGAUAGUUCACCCAAAAAUAAAGUCUGUCAUCAUUUACUCACCUUUGAGUUGUUCCAAAUCUGUAUGCAUUUCUUUGUUCUGAUGAACACAGAGAAAGUUAUUUGGAAGAAUGUUUAUAAAUAAACAUUUCUUGGACCCCAUUGACAACC